AUGGAAGCCACUCAGGAAUCCACCCAGCCAUGUGCUGAUCCUCGCCGAAAGGGAAUGCACAACUCGGGCAUACAGGAUCAAGACCUGGCCGACAUCAUCUGCAUCCUUCAUCCAAAUUCACAUGCUGCCCAUGAUGCUGUUGGUGCCACUGGAGGAAUCUAUCCGCAGCAUAUUCUACAAAGGGACAUACUGGAGCGCGAAUCCUCUCACACAGCAGCAUUAGAUUUGGCAUUGAGACUCUCAUCAAAAGUUCACAAUCUGGGACUCGGCUUUUGCUUUGGUCGCAAUCGCUCUCGUUGUGAUGUCCUUCUUAGUGUUGACGAUGAUGCUAAACGGGUGUCAAACAACCACUUCCGCAUAUACCUAACCGAGGACGGCAUUCUCAUGCUACAGGACACGUCGACAAAUGGUACCAUCGUGGAUAACUGCCGCCUGCGAAAAUCCCAGAAGGAUGGGAAUAGUAGAAUGCUCACAAAUGGAUCUAUCAUUCAAGUCGUCACUGGAUCCCAAACCUCCGAUGAGGUUCGCUUUGUGGUUCGAAUUCCGUCACGAGAAGGAUUUGCUGUCCAAUAUCAUGAGAAUUUGUUCUACUAUUUUGAACGAGUUCAUGCCCAUACCCCGGCGCAUAGAGAACGACAGGGGCCAAGCCCAUCUGCCUUGGCGUGGUCAUCUGCCAACGCUUAUGGCAUGCAUUGGACCGGUGGUGCGGAGUACAACGUUACUGGACAGAUUGGAAAGGGCGCUUUCGCUACUGUGUACAAGAUUGCAACCAAACAACACGGGGCCAUCUAUGCUGCAAAGGAACUCGACAAGCGUCGCUUCAUGAAGAACGGUAUUCUUGAUCAAAAGGUUGACAAUGAGAUGAAAAUCAUGAGAGACCUCACACAUCCGAAUAUCGUUCAAUACAUUGAUCACCAUGAGCAUGAUCGAUGGAUUUAUAUCAUCAUGGAAUAUGUUCCAGGCGGCGAGCUGUCAACAUACCUGCAGACGCAAGGAAGAAUUGCCGAAGAGAUGGUGAGGACAAUCGCACGUCAAGUUUUACGGGCCCUUCACUAUUUGCAUAAACGCCGCAUCACCCAUCGAGACAUCAAACCAGACAACAUUUUGAUUGCCUCGCUUGACCCACUCAGAAUCAAAUUAUCUGACUUUGGGUUGUCGAAAGUUGUGGAGCAGGAAACGUUUCUAAAGACUUUCUGCGGCACGCUUCUGUACUGUGCGCCUGAGGUGUACCCGGACUAUGAUCAAUAUCGUCGUGGCGAGCUCCGGAAGAGGCGCCGCGUUGGUGAUCCGCCUCCCAAAACAUCCCCGUACAGCCAGUCUGUCGACAUGUGGUCGCUAGGCGCAGUUCUUUUCCAUAUCCUGUCCGGAGUUCCCCCAUAUUCAGGCCGUGCAGAAGAUCGAGGUGUCCAGAUGCUUCGUACUAUUAUGACAAGUGACGCCGACUUCGACGCUUUACGCCGCGCAGGCGUGUCUGAGUCUGGUAUCGACUUUGUCGCCCAGCUUCUCAACCGGGACCCCUUUUCCCGUCCGACAGAGAAGGAGUGUUUUCAGCACCCCUGGAUUGCAGAGGUCCCCGACGUGGAUGAAUACGAGGAUGAUGACGACUUGCUAUCUGACCAUCAUGAUGGGCUCUCGAUAAUUGGCGAGGAUGCCGAGGACGAGCUAGACGCUUCACAAUUGUCCAUCGCUGAUGGUCUGGGCCACGUUCACGAAGCCGACGCCGAAGAAGGUACCAGCAACGAGGCACUCUCCAAACGGCCGCGGAUUGAGUACAUUCCCACCGAUGUGCGCUAUCCCAGCCUUCCAAACAUUGAGAGUUUCCAAGACGGGCAAGCGGUGGUGGACAAUCAUGCCAAACGUUUGUUUGGCGAAGUUUGCCCCUCAGCUCUGCGGAGCUCCCACGCACUCGGAAAUAUGGAUGCCUAUGACGCCAGUAAUUUUCAGGUUGACUUUCUCUCUUCCAGUGAGUCGAUGAUAAGCAACAACCCAAACGACUCGAUUAUCUCUCUCCCGGCGGUACCCUUCGGUGGCACUGCGCCCAGUUUGAUGGGCGCAGAGAAACUCGUUGGGCAACUCAACAUGAAUUCCUUGCAUCCCACUCUGCGGCUCCAAGAUGGCCCGGUUAUUAAAUCCUCCUUGCGGCAGACUACCCCUGAGCACAUCAAGAACGCGAUGGCGGCUAGUAAACUCAACAGGGAUUCUGUGCCACCGACUUCGAGCCCUAAAGAAGAACCUGUCUCGAGUCCGCAAGAGCCAACCCCUAAAGCCAAGUUCACCCGUCGGAUUGACCUUGCUCUUGCACUCCCCGAUACAGCCAGUGAGGCAUCUAGCGAUAACAGUCCCCACAGCAGCCGCCGCGAGACAGCUCCUAGUGACCCCUCUCGUCCGUCUAAAUCAGAAUACGACCUCGAGUUUGCUACUACCCUCGAUGCGCAGACAGGCCAGGCUAUCCUGGAUCAGCUCCGCGCCGAGGAAUCGGAUUCAUCAGAACCCAUUGUUCAUCGGCCCAACCCGCCCCCUCUUCCCUCCACGCUCUCUAAUCCCGCAUUCGCCAAACCGCCAAAGAGAUAUGGAAAACUGAAGAGUCUCCCGGGUUCGAUCUUCGACUUGACAAUCUACCUCGAGGAUCGUCUCACUUCGUGGGGUCGAGGGCCGUCUGCGACAAUUAAGCAUGCUGACCCCAUGGACACAAGAAUCCCGGCAUAUGCCCUAGAGGUCACAUUCUGGAGUCCGGGAAUCGAGGCGAGGAUUGCAUCAGGUGAAAGCUGGCUCGACAUCCCAGGUGUUAUGGCUAUUCUCUCCACUAAAGCGCGUCUUGGAAUCUGGGUAAAUGACACUCUGCUGUGCCGUGGUUCUAUGACCGAGGAUGGUCCUGAGGCUUUACAAUUCGGGAAACUCUACACCGGCGACAUCAUCACUGUCUAUCAAAACAAAGACCGAACGAAGUUCCUCAAGCUCCAGUGUGACUUUACCCAUGGCGAGAGCGCCCAACCUCGACCCGCACAUGAAGCCGGAUUCAUGGUGCGGCAGGCUCUCAUGGCCAAGGCCCACGGGGCCGCGAACCGAAUGCCGAUUCGGCGUCAAAUCAAGGAUCGGGAUUAG